AUGACCGCCUACGAUCUUGCCUUGUCCUCCGGCGCAGCCAUCGGGGCGUACAUCUGCGCAGGUGCCGCUCCGAUGUACAUCGCCAUCUCGUUUAUUGUCCUCCUCAUCUCGGUCUUUGCCGCACUUCGCACACGCCGCGCCCGCGCCGCCGCCGAGGCUGCCCAGCUCGCCCGCACCGUCGAGCUCGAGCGCCAGGCCGCCUCCCUCGCCCGCGCCCUCGAUUCCGCACAGAACGCACUCCACGCUUCCCAGAAGGAGCGCGACUUCGCCCGGGUCGUGCGCCUGGUCGACGAGAUGCGCGUCGCGUGCCUCCAGCGGCGCGCCGAUCGUGUCGAGCAACGGAACGCCGAGCUUGAGGCGCGGGUGGCGGCUGUCAAGCAGGAGUUCAUCGAGCUGGAGGAGAGGAGCGCGGAGCUGGUGAGGCAGCACACGACGGCGGAACACGAGAAGGGGAAGCUGGGGGAGGAGGCGAAGCGGUUGAGCAAGGCGUUGGACGCGUAUGAGAGUCUGUUCUUCGGAGACGCAGGUGAGGAGAUGGAGUUGAUGGAGAGGAGGCCGCGGUCGUGCGUAGAGACGAUGUGCCCCGUAGUGCCAUUGCUAAAGAGGCCGUCGAUCGAGCUCCUUGCUCCCGCCUCUCACGCUCCACUCGAAAAUGUGAUCGCCACCCCUUCAGAUGAACACGACGACGACAUGACCCUCACCGCCCCAUCUACCUGCGGCUCCCACAUGUCCUUCGCGCCGCCAUCGCCCUCCUCGCUAAAGGCCUGCACAUCGUCACCGUCACGCCCAUUGUCUCCAUCGAAGAUCCCGAGGCUCCAGCCCCCUCGCGCGAAGUCCGACCUAUCCACCGCGUCUGCGCCGGCCAUGAAGCCGGAGCGUACCUCCUCGCGUGGUCGUAUCUUGUUCUCCACCUCUCCCGGGCGCCUGUCCUCCAUGGUGAGCAGGAAGGCCAGGAUAUGCGAGGAUUCGACGGCUUCGACUGGCGAUCUGAAGAAGAGGAAGUCGGUGCCGGCCACGCAGAAGCGGAUCUGGCGUUUCUGA